CUUCAAGACCUCGCCUCAAAAUCAAAAAUGACCCACGACUCCGUUUGGUUCUCUCGCCCAAGAAAGUAUGGCAAGGGCUCCCGCCAGUGCCGCCUCUGCGCUCACCAGGCUGGUCUCAUCCGCAAGUACGGCCUUGACCUCUGCCGUCAGUGCUUCCGUGAGAAGUCGGCCACCAUCGGUUUCGAAAAGAACCGGUGAAGACGCGUAGAGUCGUUGGAAUCUUGCAGCAUUGUUUCUCUCUCAUCGUUCUGGCUAGCUAUCAUCACACCAUGUCUUAUAUGUUGCUAUGAUAUCAUGCAACGAGACUUCACUUCCGUGGACUCGUCCAACUAAGCAAAGUCAUCCAAACAUC